AUGGCUUUGCCCAAGAGAAUUAUCAAGGAGACGGAGCGCCUGAUGGCCGAGCCCGUUCCUGGCAUCAAUGCUGUCCCUCACGAAGACAAUCUCCGUUACUUUGACGUCUCUAUUCACGGUCCUACACAGUCUCCAUAUGAAGGUGGCAUCUUCCGCCUCGAGCUCUUCCUGCCCGACGACUAUCCUAUGACUCCUCCCAAGAUCCGCUUCUUGACCAAGAUCUACCACCCCAAUAUUGACCGUCUGGGUCGCAUUUGCUUGGAUGUCUUGAAGAACAACUGGUCCCCAGCCCUCCAGAUCCGCACGAUCCUCCUGUCGAUCCAGGCCCUCCUCGGUGCCCCCAACCCCGACGAUCCCCUUGACAACAAUGUUGCCCAGCGGUGGAAGGACGAUGAGCCCGCUGCGAUCCAAACGGCUCGGGAGUGGACUCGGACUCAUGCUAUGGCCUAA